UGAAUCACACGUGAGUAACCUUCCAGCUGUGAGACUGUCCUCGACAUGCCACAGCCUGCCACGGGGAGGUGUUAAAAGAGGCUCACCUGGGGAUGUUGAGCAGAAACAUCAGGUGUAGCCAGCCUGAUCAGCCUGUUAGUUUGAUUGUACUUAUAUGAGAAUUUUGAUCUGCUUAAUUCCCAUUCGAUUUUCUGUGACCAUGAAGAGCAGUUGGAUAUUUCUGUGUGGACUUUAUCUUUGUACCUGGUCGUCUAUCCAAGGAACCUACAGAUAUGGAGGAUCAGACAUCUGUGAAUGCAGUGGAAAGUCACGUUAUUGCUUGCAUGACUCUGGGGGCCUCCAUUGUGUGGACUGCCAAGACAACACUGAGGGAAGGCAUUGUGAGAGGUGCAAGGAGGGAUUCUACCACCAGAGGGCAGGAGACAGUUGUCUGCCGUGUAACUGCAGCCCUAUAGGUUCUGUAGGCGCCCACUGUGACAGUAGAGGACGCUGCAGCUGUAGAGCGGGAACACAGGGGGAGAAAUGUGACCGAUGUCAGAAUGGAACACCUAUCAGCUCAAAUGGCUGUGCUGCUAAUGGUGGCCAGCUCACUGACAACUCAGUGACAGCUCAAUCUCUACCUUGCUUUUGCUAUGGACACUCGACUGAGUGCUCCACAGCCAAGGGAUACUCAGUUCACACAAUCACUUCAACCUUCGACGAUGGGCCAGAGGGGUGGCGAGCUGCCACAGUUCACGGUGUGACCCCGUCUCAAGUCCACUUCCGCUGGUCCCCCACUCAUCAUGACAUUGAGGUCAUCUCCAAAGACAUCCUGCCUGUUUACCUCUAUGCCCCUGACUCUUACCUGGGCAACCAGGAGCUGAGCUACGGUCAGAACCUGUCCUUCUCCCUGAGGCUGGACCGAGGGGUUCGCCAUCCGUCCAUGGCUGAUGUGGUGCUGGAGGGAUCUGGGCUGAGCGUGGCAGCUUCCCUGGGAGACCUGCAGACCAUCGUUCCCAGUGGACAGAAGAUUACCUACACAUUCAGACUGGAUGAGCAACAAGGCAGUGAAUGGAGGCCCCGCCUUUCAUCUUUCCAGUUUCAAACACUCCUCCACAAUCUGACUGACAUUAAAAUCCGUGGGACAUUUGGAGAAAAUGGGCGUGGUUACCUUGACGACGUGCACAUGGAGUCUGCCCGUCGAGGUGCCGGGUCCCCAGCUGCAUGGGUACAGAAAUGUAGCUGCCCAGUGGGAUAUGAGGGCCAGUUCUGUGAGAAGUGUGCUGCAGGCUAUAAAAGAAGUUCCCCAAGCAAAGGUCCAUACAGCUCCUGUGAGCCCUGCAGCUGUAGAGGUGGAAGCUGUGACUCUGAAACAGGAGACUGUUACUCUGCAGAUGAGACCCCUGGUCGCCAGACCUGCCCGCCAGGGUAUUAUAAUGACCCUGCCCAGCCACAGUCUUGUCUGAAGUGUACCUGUCCCAAUGGAGGUGCCUGCUCCGUGAGCCCAUAUUCCCUGGAGGUCAAGUGUGACCUCUGUCCACCUGGCACCACUGGCUCACGUUGCCACACCUGCCAGGAUGGUUUCUAUGGUGAUCCCUUGGGUGAAGAUGGCAUCCAGAGGCCAUGUCGGCGCUGCCAGUGCAACGGGCACAUGGACCCAAACACCGUCCGUAGCUGUGACCCACAGACAGGGGAGUGCCUGCAAUGCCUAAAGCAUACCACUGGCCUUUUCUGUGAGAGGUGUCUGGAGGGCUAUCACCACAGCAUGCCAUCAGAGGCAUGCAAACCUUGUGGCUGCAAUUCUCAGGGCUCUCUGCACAACAAAUGCAGUGACCAGGGCCAGUGUUCUUGCAGAGAAGGCUUUGAGGGUCUGAAGUGCCAGCGUUCCGCAUGUCCCUCCUGCUUCAACCUUGUCAAGACUGAGAUCGAGGGGUAUAGUCGUAAACUAUGGGAGAUAGAAACUCUGUUUACGGGCAUGGAGAGUGGCAGUCUGCCAGUUAACGACGCCCAGAUGGAGAAAGCCAUCAGAACAGCAGAGGACAUAGUCACAGACCUGCAGAGAAAUGCACAGACACUCUCUGAAUCAGAGAAAGACUUACAGGCCCGGCUCUCAGACAUCAGUGCAACCCAGCUGAGUGAAGGCAGAGACAUCCAGGCAAUCUCCAACACCAUUGACAACAUCAAGUUGCAGGACCAGAAGUACCAACGACAGGUAUCUGAUGUCCAGACACUCAUCAGCGAUGUGCGGCGCAAACUAGAAGAGGCAAGAUUCAACAUCAAACAAGCUGAAUUCCCCUUAGGUGAUGCAGAGGCGGGCACGGACACCCUCUCUUCUCUGGUUCAGAGAGCAACAGACCUGGCUGAGAAACAUCAGAGCAAAUCGGGGACAGUGGAGAAGACAGCAAACGGUGCCCUUGCAAAGUCAGAGAAGUCCCUGGCACUCAUGAGAUCGGUCAUGACAGGGGAAAACAAGAUCAAGGAGCUUAUCAGUGAUCUCAAAACCAAGUAUGAUGAGAACUCAGCCCAGGUGAAGGCCAUGGAGAGCCUGGCCACUCGCCUGAGCAGCUCUGCCCGAGAUGAGAGCAGGAUGGCAACUGACACUCUGGAGCAGAUAGCCUCCCUGGAGCCGGGAAUCCCUCGUCCUCUCAAGAAGGACAUUGACAGUGUGUUGGCUAAAUUGGAUGGCCUGAGAGAACGGGUGGAGAAGAACCUAACAGUGUACAAGGCACUGCAAGAGGACACCCAGGAGGACAAGGCCGCAGUAGAGGAUCUCCUAGCCCAGGGGAAGGCAGCUCAACAGAAAUUUGACCAGCUCCUUGACAGAGCAAAUGAUGCGAAGGCUGACACAGAACUGGCCCUGAAGGAUAUCACGGAUAAUAUUGAUGGGGUGGAUAAUGUACUGGAGAUGCUAAGAGGGUUUGAUGGCCAGAUCAACAAGAACAAGGCAUUGGCCGACGAGGCCAUAAAGAAGCUCCCUGGCAUCAACGCCACCAUUCAUCAAGCUGUUGGCAACAACUCAGAGACCCUAUUCAUCAUAGGCAGUGUGUCUGGAGACUACAAUGAUGCACUGGACACUGUCAGCAGCCUGGAAUCUGUGGUCUCUCGACUGGAGGGAAUGUCCGGCUCUUUACCAGUUCCUCCUGCUGAUCUGUUGAAGGACGCCACCAAGCUGAACGAGGAUGUGCAGGGUCUGCAGAAGCAGGCAGUGGCCACUGUGGCCAAAGUGGCAGCAGAGAGGGCUAACGCUGAGAUACAGAAACGCAGAGCUGCAGAGGCUUCAAUGGGAGCAACUGGUGCUUACAACAAUGCCAAGCACACCAGAGACGCUGUGGGAGAAACACUCCUGGUCAUCAAUAACCUUCUGAGCAUGAUCGGUAAACCUGGCAGUGUGGACGAGGAGAGGCUAGGGGAGUUGGAGCAGUCCAUCACCAGCGCUCGUGGCCAGGUCAACCUACAGCUCCAGCCUCGACUGCAGGACCUGGAAGAGAAGGAGGCCAGCCAGAGGACCAGGUUGACUGGCCUCAACCUAGAUAUUGAUAUGAUCCUAGACGACAUCAGGAACUUGGAGGACAUACACUCGAACAUCCCUAACGGCUGCUUCAACUCCCCACCUAUUGAGAGACCUUAAUCCCCACCUAUUGAGAGAUCUAAGUUUACGUCCCAAAUGGAACCCUUUUCCAUAUAUAAUGCCCAACUUUUUACCAGGGCCCAUAAGACUAGUCAAAGAAUAGUGCACUAUAUAGGGAAUAGGGUUCCAUUUGGGACUCAAAUGUAUAGGGAAUAAGGUGCCAUUUGGGACACAAAUUUAGUGUCUGAAUGUAACAUGGUAUUAUGUAAGAGAAAAGGAGUGUUUAUUUAACUAAAUGUAUGUAUAGCUGCCUGCAACAACAAAAAAAUCUGUGAAAUGUUCAAACACGAGGAGCAAUAUUUUGUCAAUGGUAAUGCGAUAUUUUCAGUGAUCUAGUAAGUGUUAAAAACAAUGUAUUUUCUGUUGUAUUCUGUCAAAUAAACUUCAAUAUUUAUUCCUUAACAACACAAA